CCACGCCUUUUUCCGGUAAGAAACAGCAGUACAGCGAAGGAGUCGAAGUUCGCCAUUGUGGAUCCAACACAACGGCCUAACGACAGCGACUCUUCACACGGACUUCCAUGCUUCUCAGUCGGAAAGGGCACAGUGAGUCAUUAAAUCCAGUCAUGGGUGUCUUCUACUUCCUAUUACUGAGCUAUCUUGGCCUUGCCAUUACUGCUCAAGCUCAAGAUUGUGCCCGUCCUCCCGUACCUCCCAACGUGGAUCCCACCACUGACAUUAGUUCACAAACAUACUCACCUGGGAGCAAAGUUACUUUUGAGUGUCAGGUUGGCUACAGGACAGCAGGAGGGUCUAAAACCAUUACUUGUACAGAUGGCAAUUGGAGUCCUUUGAACCUGAAAUGCGAGAAAAAGAACUGUGGCUCUGCUGGAGAAGUAUUAAAUGGAGACGUUAGAUAUCCUCAAGGGACUUCGUUUGGUGAUACACUGGUGGUCGUUUGCAAUACUGGUCACAUGUUGGUUGGCAGAGAUAAAAUCACUUGUGGAAACGGAGAGUGGGACUACAGGUUGCCUGUAUGUGAAGCGGUGACGUGUGAUCUACCGCAAACCGAAUUUGUGGGUGGUUCUUUCAAUCCAGUCAAGGACACAUAUAAUUAUGGAGAGGCUGUACGGUUCAGUUGUCAAAAAGAUUAUACACUCAAUGGAUCAAAUACCAUAUCCUGUUCAGAAAAUGCAGAAUUCCACCCUAGUCCACCAACAUGUGUCAAGGUUAAAUGUGACGAACCUGUCACUCCAAAGGAUGGUUACGUGUCUGAUCGUUCUCCACCCCCUUAUGGAUUCAAGGAAACAGUGACAUUCAAGUGCAACAAUGGAUACGAGAUGAAAGGAUCAAGUACCGUGACAUGUGAAAUAAAUAGUACUUGGACCCCAUUUCCAACUUGUACAAAAAAGAACUGUGGCUCUGCUGGAGAAGUAUUAAAUGGAGAAGUUAGAUAUCCUCAAGGGACUUUGUUUGGCGAUACACUGGAAGUCGUUUGCAAUACUGGUUACAGAUUGGUUGGCAGAGAUAAAAUCACUUGUGGAAACGGAGGGUGGGACGACAGGUUGCCUGUAUGUAAAGGAAUUGAAAUCCCGCCUAAACCUACCGCUGCUACUAACCCCACCACCACCACCACGACCACACGUCCAUUUUCCACAAAGAAACCAACAGAUCGUGACAUCACAACUAAUGAAGAAGGAAAUGGUGGACCUAGUUGGCGAAGGAAUUUGGGUAUUGCUGCGGGCGUCAUUAUAGGUUGCACGAUCCUUGGAGUUACUGGAUACUACCUAUUCACCAAGAGAAACAAAAGAGGCACUCGGAUUGGCCGUACUAACAAAGAGGCUGCAAAUGAUGGAGAGGGAGUAGCACUCUCGUAAAUGGAGCAGUCCUGUUGAUCCAGUAUUACUGUGUGUGAACACGACUGCUUGAGAAGAGGAACAUCACUGGACAAGUAUAUGAAUGUACUUGUACCUUCCAUAUGAAUGUGGAUGGCAUGAGCUCAUAAAACCACUUUUAAAAACUGAGCAGAAUGGGCUCAGUCCUUUCCUCAUGCUUUGAACUUGUAAUCUGAUUAGUUAACGAUAAUUAACAUCUUUUGAUAGGCCACUUGUAACUACUUCAUCCUGUUCUCUAUAAUUCAAUUCGGUGAUGUUUGGAAUGUCUUCACAUCAUCACAAGAGUUUUCCUGUAAUUAUGAAGGAAUGAGAUUUCAUGUUUAUCAGACAACUUAAAGUAUGUGUUGAUUUUAAGCGUAUGCACUAUAGCUCAGAGCACAGAUCAGCCAGGACAUAUAUCAGCCAACCCCUGAAUACAGCCAAAAUCAUAAAAAAAAAAAAAUGCUUGCAUGGUUGACCUUGUAUAAAGCCGCUUCUAAAUGGUUUUUGUUUCAUUCAGAAAUAUUCACAAAUCAAGGUUAAAUAGUUAAAGAACACAGCCUCUCACUAUUGACUCAGAGAUGUUACACUACUGCUAUACCUGAAAUGGAAAUGAUCAAUCCCCCUGAAAAAAAAAAAUCAUAGUUAUAGAAGAGAGGAUCUGUUGUAAACCAACCCUCCAGUCUUACAGAUUAAAUUUUCACCACUAUAAAGUCACACUGGGAUUUGUAAAACAAUCCCUCACAAAGUGCCUGAAGAAAAGGCAUGUUCCAUAUGCCUUAAUGUGAAAAUGUAAGUAUUUUAGCUUGUUGUGUGUCAAUUAAUGUGUUUUUUUUUUUCCCUUCCAGUGAUGCAUGAAUGUUUAUGUAGUUGUCGGGGUCAGUUACAGGGGGCUUUCUCGUGGGCCUGCCUGGGUUUAAUGUUAAUAUUAAAUAUUAGCACUUUUUAAUGUCGGCACACUGGUAUUUGUGCCCAGUUUCAAAGGAGAAAAUCUCAAGUUUUCAGUCAAAUAAAUUGCGUUAUUCCUUUUCCUGUAAAUUAUUUGUUUUGUUGAGAUUUCUCUCCCAGAGCAUCAGACUGUCCAGAAGAAGAAUAUUAGUAUUAGGACACAUUGUGUCUGGGGUUACAUAAAGACAAGUAGACCGUGAUCUCUGUAAAUUUUGCACUUGCCUUGCUUAUCUUUAUUUAUCAAAAUAAAACAUGUCAGAAUGA